AUGGCUGUUGUUGCCUCGUUUAUAGGUAAAAUCCUACGCUUUGGUUCCCUUUGCAUCCUUUGUCAUCUUCUCAAGGCGCUGAGCCUCACGAUGAAUGCCUUGACGCAAGCGAUACGAUGGGCAAAAGGCCAAGCGCCAAAGAACAACCCGGUUAAACGGAGAAACACGCGAGUCACCGUCAGCAGCUUCACUGAAGAUUCAAGUCUCUCAACUUACGGUUCCUUCAUCUGGGGUGUUAUCAAGUCUCCACACAGACCAUCGGACCAUAUCACCCUGCAUAUAAAAACGGCAGAAAUGAUAGCCAAAGGAACAGUUCGCCCAGUCCAUAUUUACUCAAAAGAUGACAAGGGAGAGGAGUAUGAAUCAUUCAAAAUUUUCGACGAGAGACCAGAAAAGGUGACAGAUGGCGAGUCUGGAGAACAAAUUGAGUAA